AUGUCCAGGGCUGUCUCGCAAAAGGCUUCGGCCACUUCUAUGCGGAGCACGCACACACAUCACAAAAGGCAUGUCUCGCUUCGUAACCUACCUGACCAGCCCGGACCCGAAGCCUACAUUCCUCCCCAUCUUGUUCUAGAUGCGACAUCGCCUCGAGACUCCGCCUUCUCCAUCAGCUCAACAGAACAGAAUCUUCGCGACGACACACCAUACCGCACUGCUCCCGCUUCAGGAAGUGGAAAUGGCGCUCUGCGACCUGCUUUGUCCACAGCUGGCCGCAGUGCAACUGGCGACGGCAACCACAGUCGUCGACCGACCGAAGCCUACGCACAGGAGCUCGAUCGACUGCUUGAAUCCGAAGGUGAAGACGGCGUCAACUUGAUCAAAGUGGUCGAGCGUCAAGACGUCUUCCAUCUCAUCCACGAGAUUCGUUCUGAUCUGCGCAAGACCAUUGACACCCAUCUCAGCUGGGAAGAGCUCACCUCGGUCGACCUCAACUUUUCACUCGUCCGCCCUCUUGCCAUCAAGUACAGCAACUUUCGCUCCAUCGGCAUCCUCUACUGCCUCAUGCUCAAUCGGAUCUACUUCCAACGUGAAGCGACACGCGACCUCGCUUUCCAAUCUGUCAACAACACCCGCUCAGCUCUUUGCGAGCUCCUCGCCAUGAAAUUGCUGCGCACUUUCUCAAACGACGGUUUGGAGCUCGUCACCUCGCUCACCGCGAGCUUUCAUCCUUUGGCUGGGGCGACACACAGCGAGCUGAAGGAGCUGCAUAUGUCUUCAUCGCACGUUGACAUCAGCGAGAUCACUAGUCAUGGUCUACCUGCCAAGCAGUACUCGAAUACUUUGGAGCUUGCGAUUGCUUCUUCUGCCAAACGCUUCAUCUCGACUCCGCUCUGCCAACGGUGUAUUGAUGGGAUAUGGAACGGCAAAGUCGUCCUGUCGCCCAUGCAGGCAUCUCACGCCAUUCUCAACGAUAGCUAUAAGAAGCGUCCACUCAGCAUCUACGACCCUACUAAGGCGCCCUUGCUCAAUCAUCUCCGCCUACGCGUACCCUCCAUUCGAAGCAAGCUCGAGUUCGUCACUUUUGUCGUCAUCCUCGUCCUGUAUGUCGCUGCUUUAGCGCAGAAGGGCAGUCCAACGUGGACAAUUCAGGAGACUUUGUUCUCGAUCUGGCUGUUCGGAUUUGCCGUUGACGAGCUGGCUCAGCUUCAGGAGCACGGGUUAUCGCACUACAUGAGCUCGCUCUACAACCUCAUCGAUGCAGUGUUCUGCAUCAUUUCCUUCUUCUGGUUUGGGCUACGCAUUUCGGCGCUCCAACACGGUCUUCCAGGAAGAAGCGAUCUCAGUUUCGACUGUCUAGCACUCGGUGCUGUAGUCCUCUGCCCAAGGGUAGCGAGCUCGUUGGUGCAAGACAACGUCGUCUUGCUCAGCUUGAAAGCCAUGCUGUCCGACUUUGCGUUCUUCACAGUACUUGCUAUGGUCUGCUUCUCCGGUUUCGCAUAUGCCUUCUACUCGCUCGCAUCGGAAGAACGAUGGACUUUCAAAGCCGUCCUUUGGCUUAUGCUGAAGGUUUGGUUCGGCAGUUCCUAUCUCGGUUUUGACGAAGCGCAAAGUUUCUCCCUUGAAUUCGGUCCGCCCCUCAUGAUCAUCUAUACUAUCAUGAGCAACACUCUCCUCCUAACCGUACUCAUCUCGCUCCUCAGCAACACCUUCCAGAUCGUCGCCAUGAACGCCAACGAAGAAGCCAUGUUCCAAUUCGCAUGCAAAACCAUGUCUGGUAUCACCACCGAUGCGAUCUUUUCCUAUCAACCCCCACUCAAUCUUUUGGCGGUGGCGAUAGUGAUGCCGCUUAGCUUUUUCGUUUCGCCCAGAUGGUUGCAUAAGAUCAAUGUGUUUUUGAUCCGGUUGACGAGUUUCCACGUGCUGCUAAUUAUCCAUUUUUGCGAGUUGAACGUGUUCGGACAAGGGAUCAGUCUGACAGCGGACAAGGGGAAGACGUUGUUGAGUAGACUGCCGUUUUUCAGUUCGGGGUUAGAUAGUGCAAGUGCGGAUGUGAUUGAGGCUGCGUUUGAUUAUCGGCCGGCGGAAGAUAAGGAUGAAUGGGGUGUGGAGGAUGAGGAGUCAGGUGAUGAGACGGAUGGGGAGGGGGAAGGGUAUGAUGGUGUGGGGACGAUUAGGAAGGGUAAGGGUGGCAAGGCUGAGGAUGGAGGAUGGGAGGAGAGGGCGGCUGCGAACUUGGAGCAAAAGGUCACUCCUCAUGCCCAAAACCAGUCACAAACUGCCAGUUCUGCUAGUGGCGAAGCGCAGAAACAGGAUCCUCUACCACGAACGACGACUCAGUCCUCGUUUGCAGGCAGCACAAGCUCUCGUCGCACACGAGACGGCCCCAGCAAUCGAGUAGUGCAACUUCUUCGACGAGGACACGAACCUCGUGGUUUGGGCUCGCUCAGUUCUCCCCUCGCCAAACUGUUCAAUCAUGUGCUCGACCCUGGUGAUCUUAAUAACAACCUUCCUAAACGAGCUUCUUCUUCGUCUCGCUGCGCAGAACGAUCUCGUAGCCCAUCCCGUUCCCAAUCUGGAUCUCGUCUCGAAACGAGCAAUGUUCGCUCUACAGACUCUAGCCCCACUCGACCUGCUUUUACGCGUAGACAAUCCCCAAGGCGAGCGGAAAGAGAUGCUGAGCUCCCGAUGGCUGUUAUUGGCGUGCAUACAUCAACCGGUAACGAUGAUCUCAGUGAAGAGUUGAGGACAAUCGCAAGAAGGGUGCAGGAAAUGGAAGCGAGGGGUAAAAGGAUGGAAGAUCUGUUGCUGCAGUUGUUGGAGCAGAAAAGUAGCAGUGCUGGGCCGAGCAAAAGUGCAAGUGGUAAGAUCCAGACUGUUGGUGCCGGCGCCGAUGAAGGGAAAAGCUCGAAGUGA